GCCCGUGGCACGAAGCAUGGCGGCUCCCGUGUACCCGGCCUGGGUCACCCGCUGGGUCUCCGGGCAGUGGCGGCAGAAGAAGCGGCCCCCGGUGCUCCGCCCGACCCGGCCGCUGGUGCUGGCCGACAAGGUGGCGAACCGCAAGGAGAAGGCGGGAGAAGCAACAUGUAUUACGGAGAUGUCAGUAAUGAUGGCCUGCUGGAAAAAGAAUGACUUCAAUGACGCAGCCUGUGCCGAGGAGAUCCGGAUGUUCUAUGACUGCGUGGCAAAGGCAGAAAAGGAGCGCAAGAAUCUAAACGAGGACACCUUCUCACUCCAGGGAAACAUGCCUUCAAGCAAAGUAAACAAGCUCCUGAGGAGGUUUCCUCAGAUCACACGUUAUGUAUAAUGUGCUUUACUAAAGGAACUGCAGACAAGCAAUUGCAAUUGGAGACUUUGGUGAAAAGUAGACUGGAUGUCAGGCAGUAUCUUUCAGCACUGAGGUGUGGUUCUUGACCUCGCUUUUGUUUUUAGAGUAAAAAACACAUGUCCUGAGCAUCAGCUGACUUUGUUCCUGAGGUUUUUGGGUCUUGCUGUCUUACGAUUUCUGCAGGAUGUUGUUAAACUAGUCAAGUGUGGAAUCAGGUCCUCACUGUGAAAUUAAAUCUUCUAGGAAUACAUGCAGAUGCCUUUUCUAACAGUUAGGGAGUUACUUUUUCUCAUGCACAAGCUUCCUGCCUAACUGCUGAACUGCUGUCAAAAAGUGCUCAGGCCCAGACAUUGAGCCAACUUGAACUUGAUAGUCAUUUCAUGACUUGUACUCCUAUGUGUAUGUAUACACAGUUUGGUUCCUCUUGAGAUGUUUUUAAUUCCUGUUGCUGUACAAGAAGGCUGUAGAAUGAGGAAGAACUCCCCAUCAAAAUACCUUGUUAAUACACAAUACAUUGGUAAGGAUUAUAUGUAACUUUUUUAACAUAGGGGCUUGUGAUUUAGGCCCUCUGAUUAACAGGUGGGACAGGUAUGGUGCCAUGUCAGAUCAAUUACAUCUGUACCAUAAUAAAAGAAUGAAAAACUGUC